AUGUGGGACCAAGCAAGAUUUGCCGAUGAUUCAUACACUCCAGAUGCAGCUGAAACAAUUCAGAUUUCUUCACUAGCUCUGAUAAAGAUGUUAAAACAUGGCCGAGCUGGAGUACCUAUGGAAGUCAUGGGCUUAAUGUUAGGAGAGUUUGUUGAUGAUUAUACAAUCAAAGUUUCAGAUGUCUUUGCUAUGCCUCAAAGUGGUACUGGUGUUAGUGUAGAAGCAGUAGAUCCAGUCUUUCAAACUAAAAUGAUGGAUAUGCUUAAAAUAACAGGUAGAGGAGAGAGUGUAGUUGGCUGGUACCAUUCACAUCCUGGUUUUGGUUGUUGGUUAUCAAGUGUAGAUAUGAAUACUCAAUCAGGAUUUGAACAAUUAUCAAAAAGAGCAGUAGCUGUUGUUAUUGAUCCUAUUCAAAGUGUUAAAGGUAAAGUAGUAAUUGAUGCCUUCCGAUUAAUCUCUAUGCAGAAAUCAAUCACUGGAGUAGAGGCUAGACAAGUCACUUCUAACAUAGGAUACUUAAACAAACCAACUCUAGUCAGUAUGUUGCACGGAUUGAACAGACAUUACUACUCCUUGAACAUUCAGUAUAAGAAGAGUGAGUUAGAAGAGAAUAUGCUGAUGAGUUUACAUAAGAAGACUUGGGCUGACUGUUUAAAGAUGGAUAAUGUUGAGAAGUUCACUAGACAGGCGCAACAGAAACGGGAGAUGAUUAAGGAGUUAGGAGUUGCUUUUGCUAAGCGGAUAGAGGAGGAGAAGGCAGUGGCGGAGGAGAGUAAGGAGAUAGAGUCGGUGGGUAAAGUUGAUGUUCGUCGGCGGAUUUUAGCUGAAGCAGAACGACUUAUGAGUGAGAAUACUAUGCAGCACUUGAUUACUUUGGUGCAUAAGAAGAUCUUCCAUUAA